AUGGAGAAUUCCGACAUGGAAGUCAAGGUACUAAACCCGAGACGGUCAGCGUUUCGGAUUUUUCACAAGAUGCCUUUCCGCCUGAAGACCAGCAAAUCACCGAUACCGCAAGAUAAACCCACCAUUUAUGAGGGAAUCAGAAAUAUCGAAAUCAAAAACGAAACGAUAGUAAACGGUUUUUACCUGGACGACAUUGUUGAAAGGGAGCUACAGCACCAUAAUGAUAGUUUGGAAGGUACAAGGAAAGAACAGGAAGAAGCACAGCAGAUUGAUAGACAAUCAGAUGAUGUCUAUUCGACGCAGAAUGAAAACACUACCAACCAAGAAGUGAAGGUAAAGACAAAGCCUGGACGUGAUCCACCAGUAACCGGCGAGAAGGACAUUUAUGGAAAAAUUACAGAACGACCUGAUAAUGAGUUCGAACAGAAAAGCAGACUCUUCAAAUUCUCAGUUUACAUUUCUUGGAUGAUAUUUCUGUUUUUCGCUUAUAUUCGUGAAACAACGAGAAAAUGGGGAUUUGAAACCGAUAAAGCUCACAAGGAGCGCAAAGAACAAAGGGAAUUUCCCCCACUUUUCUCUGAUUUCGAUUCUAUAUAUGCACGAAAUUGCUAUAUGAGAGUACGAGAUGUUUUCGAACGGCCAAUUGGAUCAGUGCCAGGAGCCACUGUGAACCUCAUAGAUAGGACAUCUGAUGACUAUAAUUGGACUUACAAGUACCCAGGGACUCAAACGAAUGUAAUCAAUGUUAGUUCAUACAACUACCUCGGAUUCGCCGAUUCUAGUGGCCCAUGUGCUGAGGCAGCAAUCGCUAAGAUUGACGAAGAAGGAUUAGCUACUUGUACAACUGUGCAAGAAAGAGGAAGCUCAUCAACGCAACAUAUAUUAGAGAACCUCGUCGCUGAGUUUCUCGGUGUUGAUGAUGCAAUCGUAUUUAGCAUGGGAUUUGCAACAAACUCAAUGAACGCACCUUGUAUAGUUGAUAAAAACUCACUAAUCAUUUCGGAUCAGCACAACCACGCUUCGCUUAUCCUUGGCUGUCGCCUUUCUGGUGCUGCUAUCAAAGUCUUCAAACACAACGAUAUGGAAUCUCUGGAAAAUAUUCUUUGUGACGCGUUAAUCUAUGGAAGUCCGAAAACACAUCAGCCUUACAACAAGAUACUGAUCAUAGUUGAAGGUAUUUAUUCUAUGGAAGGAUCCAUCUGUAACCUCCCUGCUAUUAUCGCUCUAAAGAAGAAGUAUAAAGCUUAUCUGUACUUGGACGAAGCACACUCGAUCGGUGCUAUGGGAGCCACAGGCAGAGGAGUUGUGGAGUACUGGGGAUGCAAUCCAAAAGAUGUAGACAUACUUAUGGGAACGUUCACAAAAAGUUUUGGAGCAUCAGGAGGAUACAUAGCUGGAACGAAGAAAGUUAUUGACCACUUGCGCGUAAGCUCACCCAGCGGAUGCUACUCGUCGCCAAUGUCACCACCGGUGGCACAGCAAAUAAUCGCAUCAAUGAGUAUUAUUAUGGGAAAAGACGGCACAAAUGAUGGCGCUCGUCGUAUUGAGCAACUUGCCCGAAAUACCCACUAUUUCCGACUACGGUUAAAGCAGAUGGGAUUUAUAGUCUACGGUAGCGAUGACAGUCCAGUUGUUCCAGUGCUGCACUACUAUCCAUCCAAUUGCGGUAUUUACGGACGAGAGAUGCUCGCAAGAGGAGUGGGGAUUGUUGUUGUGUCAUUCCCAGCAACCGAGAUGACUGAAGCCCGGUGUCGGUUCUGUAUAUCAGCUGCGCAUACUAAGGAGAUGCUCGACAAGGUACUUGAUGCUGUCAGUGAUGUUGGCGAUUUGUCCUGCACUAAGUACUCGAAUAGACGGCAUCUUUACAAAGAUAAAAGGAUUGAGUGGUAACGGAAACCCACAUUGAAUAUCACAAAUAAGCGGGUCGGAAUUGGGAUGAUGUUUCUGAAAGUUGUUGCUAGUUUGACUCAUUCUAUAUACUUAUAGAGUCUUUGUUAUUAAAG